CGACUGACAGACAACUCAUUGAGUUUGAACUCAAUUGCACUGAAAGAGGACACCGAGGGCUCACUUUUAGGACAUCCACUCGACGUAUAUCUCCUCAUCAGACGAAUGGCUAUCGACUGGAAAGAAGUGAACGAUUUGUUACGAACCAAAAGCAAGCGCUUAAGUGAUGUCCAAAUUAGACAAAUCGGUGGUCACUCUAACAAUAUAAAUGCAUUCAAUAUUACGUUUGACUCGCAAUUAAGGUCCGGUAGUCACGAGAUUAUCACUAAUAAGGAGAUAAAAGACGCCGCGUUUGGAGUGAUAAGUCUCGUCAAUACUUAUGAGUUGGAUAUUAAGUCAUUAGCGAAUGGAUUCAUUAGAUCUAAGACCAGUUCCAGUGCUGAAGUGACUUCACAUGAAAAUCAAUCCAAAUAUGCUUUAAAUGCUUUCGACUGCUAUUUGAUUGGAAAACAAACGUUUGAUAACAAGGAGUACUCGAAUGCAAAGCAAUGGCUGACAGAAGCGGUCGACAGAUUGGAUGACAUGACCAGCGAUGAGAUAAUUGCAGACAUUUUCAAUUACCUGUCGUUUUGCGAACUGAAAGUUGGAAAACCGAGUGAAGCCCAGAAAUAUAAGAGAUGGUCGGCCGCUAUAAAGCCAGACAUCGAGACAAAUGAGUUGAUAUCGGAGAUGAAAGUGUUUAAUGACACGAAUGGCACUUCUGAUCGUCUCAAAGAUAAACCCAUUUUUCCUUUCGCUACAAAUGUAUACGAAUUAUGUCGAGGAGAGAGACUUAUGAACGACUCGAUCGCCUCAAAACUCAUGUGUUUUCACUUAAACACAACGAAAACACCGUUUUUACGGUUGACUCGCAUUCGCGUGGAAGAGAUGUACAAAAGUCCGCAAAUUGUCGUAAUCCAUGAUUUCCUGUCGGAGUACGAGACAAAAACUAUCAACUCAUUGGCUCAGUCAUCACUUGGACAGAGAGACCUCAGAGUACCCCAACGACUGGCGACGGAUAGUUGGCUUCUGGAAAGGCGACACAAAUUGCUGCAAACAAUCACCAGACGUAUCGCUGCCAUCACUGACCUUAACAUAGAUCCCGACGAUAAUAGUAUUGGCGUUAAACGUAUCGCUGCCAUCACUGACCUUAACAUAGAUCCCGACGAUAAUAGUAUUGGCGUUAAGUAUAGUGUCGGCGGUUAUAUUUUCGACCACUGGGACGGCAAUAAAAUCAUACGAAACAUAACAUUCCCCGUAUGGCAGGGUAUGGUCACGUGGAUCAGCUACCUAAACAAUGUGGGCGCCGGUGGGGCCACGGUAUUCCCGCUAAUCAAUGUCACCGUAUGGCCCGCAAAACGGUCGGCAAUAUUUUGGUACAAUUUGCACAAAUCAGGUGAACUCGAUAGGCAUACCCGCCAUAGCGGGUGUCCAGUACUGGUGGGCAGAAAAUGGAUUGCCGGCAAAUUGUUCCUAUGGAAGGGACAGGAGUUCCGCAAACCGUGCGAUCCAUACGAUCAACAAUCACGUCAUUACAUUCAA